AUGAUGAUGAUGAACCCUUUCGACCCCACACACGCAGUUCUCUCGGAUGGAAUUAAAGUAAUUCAGAUUAACCUGAAUCACUGUUGGGCUGCACAACAAUUGCUUCUCCAGACAAUGGCAGAAUUGCAAUCUAGUAUUGCAAUCAUUAGCGAUUACUAUAGACCAAUGGGUGGCGAUGAACGGUGGUUCAACAGUGUCGACGGAAAAUCUGCAAUCUUCGUAACGGGUAAUUCAUGUCCCACUAUUACUCAUCACGGCGCCGGACCAGGUUUCGUUUGGGUAAGAAUCGACAACUUAGUACUAUAUAGCUGUUAUUGCAGCCCUAACUGCACUCUGCAAGAGUUUGACGCUUUCCUUGGCGGCCUCGAAGCGUCCAUCCGCCUACAACCCUGUAGACAGGUAAACCUUGUAGUGGCCGGUGAUCUAAACGCGCACUCUGCCGAAUGGGGAUCGGCCAGGCAAGGUGCGAGAGGGUCACUACUUUCGGACUUUGUGUCGUCCCUCGGCAUGGUAGUCAGCAAUAGAGGCUCCGUACCCACAUAUAGAAGGGUGAAUGCAAGCUCGGUUGUUGAUGUCACCUUUGCUAAAUCUCUACCCAACAAUCACCCGUUGGUAAAAGACUGGAAGGCGCUGGAACACGUAUACUCGGCCAGCGAUCAUGUGUACAUCUCCUACGCAAUCGCGCUACCAGAACGUCGCACAAACAAUAACCCAGUCAGAGUUGCGGUCGCAGGUUGGUCGAUUAAAAAACUCAACCCGGCGUUGCUGGACCUACAUUGGGGUCUAGUGCUUCCCCCCCUCCCGCCGUCAACAGGCGCGUCGGCAGACUGUCAUGCAGAUAGCCUCAACAGCUUUCUAACAGAAGCUUGCAAGGCGGCGAUGCCACCAAGAGCAGCGCUGACGGGGAAAAAAUCUGUGCAUUGGUGGAACGCCGAGAUUGCCGAACUACGCAGGAUUGCCAUUGCCGCCCUAAGGAGGUAUCAGCGCGCAGGCCGCAGAUCAGGUGCUCCACUACGGGUGGCUGAACGCGAAGCUUAUAACACGGCUAGGAUGAACAUCAAGAAGGCAAUUAGACAGGCGCAGGAAAAAAGCUGGCAUGAGCUGUGUCUUGCAGUCAAUAAUGACCCCUGGGGCGUCCCUUACAGGCUGGUUACAAAGAGGCUUGGGCGUCGCGCUCCUGCCAUGGAUCUGGUGACUGUAAGCAACGUGGCACAUGGCCUUUUUCCGUCGCCACCAGCUACGGACUGGGUUCACAUCCCCCUGUCUAUACAGCAGUCGUCAGUCUUAAUUGAUCUAUCCGAUUGUGCACCAAUGGCGCCACCAAUUACUGCGCACGAAGUCAAGUGCGCAGUCGAUAGACUGCCAUCUGGUAAGGCGCCAGGGCCAGAUCAGGUGCCAAAUGAGAUAAUAAAGUUGGCCUUCGCCAAGUUUCCGGAGAGAUUCAUAAAUUGCUAUAACGCGUGCCUAACUAAUAGGACCUUCCCAUCCCGGUGGAAAUGUGCAAAACUAGUACUGCUACAUAAGGGCCAGGGUAAGGCACGGGACCUACCCUCCAGCUACCGGCCGAUUAGCCUGCUAGAUGGAGCCGGCAAGGUGUUCGAAAGGGUGCUGUUAAACCGACUCGAGGCCCAUAUCACUCGGGUCGGCGCAAUUAGUGACUCCCAAUUUGGGUUUAGACGGUCGAAAUCAACCACGGACGCAAUAGAGGAAGUCAUGAAGACGGCUCACGAAGCGAACCACGGCCCAGUUCGAGCCAGGAAACUUUGUGUCCUCAUUACCCUGGACGUGAGGAAUGCCUUUAACUCUGCGCCUUGGAGGCUUAUCGAUGAGGCACUGAGGAAAUCCGUAGUCCCCAAGUACUUAGUUGAGAUAAUGCGUUCCUACAUGCAGGCCAGGAAUCUGAAAAUAACCGAUGACAUUAACAUGGGGGUAACAUGCGGGGUCCCGCAAGGAUCAGUCCUCGGCCCCACACUGUGGAACCUUUUUUAUGACGGUGUGCUGCGCAUCCCAAUGAGAGAUGGCGCCAAGCUAAUUGCAUUUGCGGACGACGUGGCAGUAGUGGUAACUGCUUUCAAUGCAGAGCUCGUCGAACAGAUUGCGAAUCCCACCCUGGAAGAUAUAGCAGCCUGGAUGACCACCAAUGGCCUGCAGCUAGCACCUGAGAAAUCGGAGUGUGUAGUUCUGACAAACAAGAAGAAAUUUCGCAACCCGGACCUUUUCAUCCAUGGUCAUCAGAUCCCGUCCAAGCGGGCCAUCAGAUAUUUGGGAGUCCAAUUGGAUACCAGGCUGUCAUUUAUCGAACACGCGAGCACUGUAGCUGUUGGGGCGAGGAAGGCAGUAGCCGCCCUGGGCAGACUCAUGCCUAACGUCGGAGGCCCGACGCAGGCGAAAAGACAGCUCCUAAUGAGUGUGGUCCAUAGCCGACUGCUAUACGGUGCAGCAAUCUGGUCAGAAGAAGUAUCCAGGUUUCAAAAGUCUAGUAACGUAAUGCUACAAGCGCAGAGGUGUGCGGCACUGAGGGUUGCAAGGUGUUAUCGUACAGUGUCCGAUAUGGCAGCCCUUGUACUGGCCAAGAUGCCCCCGGCAACCCUCCUAGCGGGAGUCAGGAAACAGAUUGCGGCAGCGAAAAAAGCCGGCGCCGCUCUGUCCAAGCGUGAUAUGAUGGCCGAUGUCCUUAGACGUUGGCAAAAUCUAUGGGACUCUACCGGAAAGGCGGCAUGGACUAAACGGCUGAUACCCAAUCUGUCCAGGUGGUGGCAAUGUGGUCCACGCGAAGUGAGCUACCACAUGUCGCAGGCCCUUAGUGGCCAUGGCUGUUACCAAAAUUACCUUUGGACAAGGAACAAGGCGCCGAGUCCAGCUUGUCCCCACUGCACCGCAGAGGUCGACGACGCUGAGCACACUGUGUUUGUGUGCUUCUUCUGGAGUGAGGAGAGGAAAGAGGUUGAACAAUCCCUGGGCCGGCCAGUACGCCCGGAGGACGCCAUGGACCUCCUGUGCGGACCAUCGGCAGCGGAGUUACCAACCGAAGUACCACUCAGGGGUAGGAUCCUGGCUGCAGCAGAGAAAAGGAAAGUCCAGUUCGCUCAGAUGGUUGAGGUGAUCAUGGGCCGCAAGGAGGAGCUGGAGAGGGCGAGACAGCGGGAAGCUGCGGUGGAAUAA